AUGAUUGGUCGUAUCAUUGCUAUUCCAUGUGAUAAUGCUAGUAUUCAUUAUGCAUUCACCCAUUUGUGUCGAACAGUCUUUUAUAUCUUCAAGAAUUGUGAGGAAGUUGCGGUAGUAGACGUAUGGUCUGACACUACCGAUAGCGAUAUUCUGAGAAAAGCUUUCGUGCAUACAGUCCGUGUAAUGUUGCUACAUUUUAUAGCUGGUAUUCUUACAUGGGUGCGUGUGUACACAUCACUUUGUGAUAUGUAG